CUGAUUGGUUGCUAUGGGCAACUGGUUAACUUUUCCUCUGCACAGGUUUUGAUCAAUUUCCCCCAUGAUGUGCAGGGUUUUUAGGUAGAUUGACUGUUCCCGGUGUUAUGGAUGUGCUGAGUAAAGCCACGCCCACCAAAGAUCACGCCCUACAGCGGCUGAAGGGAGAUCACGUGCCGGCGUCAGCUGACCACAACAGGAAGUGUCGCUUGUCAGGCGCUGGCUGUGACAUGGAGGGUAUCAGGUUGGCGCUGUGUGUGCUGGGCAUCGUGCUGGUGUGUGGGGAACCCUUCCAGGACGGAGGAGGGCCGCUGCCGCUGGUCAUAUGGCACGGAAUGGGUGACUCCUGCUGUAACCCUUUCAGUAUGGGUGGAAUCAAGAAGAUGGUGGAGCAGCAAAUCCCUGGAAUAUAUGUUCUGUCUCUUAAGAUAGGAAACACUAUUGCUGAGGACAUGGAGAACAGCUUUUUCCUCAAUGUCAAUAAACAACUGGAUCUUGUUUGUGAGCAACUAGCAAAGGACCCCAGACUUCAGAAUGGCUACAAUGGCAUGGGUUUCUCACAGGGUGGACAGUUUCUGAGGGCUGUUGUUCAGAGAUGUCCUUCACCUCCAAUGAAGAAUCUCAUCUCAAUUGGGGGACAGCACCAAGGGGUAUAUGGCUUCCCCCGGUGUCCUGGAGAAAGCUCUCAUAUUUGUGACUGGAUCAGAGAGACUUUAAAUGUUGGUGCCUACACGAAGGUUGUGCAGGAACAUUUGGUACAGGCAGAAUAUUGGCAUGACCCUUUAAAUGAAGACCUCUACAGAAAUGGCAGCAUUUUUCUUGCAGACAUCAACCAGGAACGGGGUGUAAAUGAGAGUUACAAACGCAAUCUUAAAACACUGGAAAAGUUUGUUAUGGUGAAAUUCCUAAAGGACUCCAUGGUGGAUCCUGUAGACUCAGAGUGGUUUGGAUUCUACAAACCUGGCCAAAGCAAAGAGACUAUCACCUUGCAAGAGAGUUCUCUGUAUACUGAGGAUCGUUUGGGUUUGAGGGAAAUGGACAAGGCUGGAAAGUUGGUGUUUUUGGCUGCAGAUGGAGACCACUUGCAGUUUUCAGAGAAAUGGUUCAAUGAGAACAUCUUGCCCUUUGUCCGUUAACAUUUUUAUUUGUACUGAGAUUACGAUCUUGGAGAAGAGCACUUCUGUCAAUUGCACUGGAUUCAUACUGCUAGUAUUGAAGACUGUAGGUAGUAACAAGAAUAAACCUUCAAAUACCAGCCUCUUUCUACAAUCUAAUACUUCACAUAAAAAUAAA